CGGUGGUCGAGUGAGAGUGAGAGUGAGACUCGUCAUAAGCUUGUCGUGUUUUAAGAAACAACCAUUGAAUCAGAUCUACGGACUACAUUUUUUGGGGAGAAAAUAUAUCGCUCAAAAUCAUUCUCAUGAGUUGUGUGCAGAGAGCGUUAGGGAUUCGAUUGCUCUUUCGAUGUUUUUGGGAAGAGUCGAAGUUGAGCUUGGGCAACUGCAACUUCACGUCUAAUGCAUCUGCAACAAGUGACACGGAGUUGGCAGGUCGUAAUUUUGUCAUACCACCGUCCCUGCACAGUCGAUUUUGGCAAAGGACGUCUUCCUCGGUAUGCCAGAUGGCUCGAUCAAACAGCACUUUGUCUAAAGGCAUGGAUCUGAAGGAAGUUCUGCGCAUUCUCUAUCGGUUUGCGCCGUGUUCGCUCGCCGAAGAUUGGGACAACGUGGGGCUGCUUGUCGAGCCCACGCCCCCGCAUCAGGUGACGACGAUGUUCCUGACCAAUGACUUGACGGAGGAGGUUCUGACGGAGGCGAUUGACAAGAGAUCAGAUCUCAUCCUGGCCUACCAUCCUCCAAUAUUUGUGCCUUUGAAGAGAUUGACCAUGGCCAACGCGAAGGAGAGGAUCAUUGUCCGAGCUAUUGAAAACAGAGUGGGCAUUUACUCUCCUCAUACGUGUUACGAUGCCCUCGAGGGUGGAGUAAAUGACUGGUUGGCUGAAGGAUUAGGUACGUGCAGCGUGGAACCCCUGACUACCUCUAGGAAGCCCUUAGCCAAUGGAUGGACCCAUAAGAUAGAAUACCUGGAGACCGAUUCAAGCGCGAUGUCGCUCCCACCAGAUUGGAGUGGGUCCAUCUCGCCAGUGACAAAGAUUCAAACCACAACGGGGAUUCAGUGCGUAGUUACUUGCAGUGAACAAGGGCUUGUGUCAAUCAUGAAAAGUAUGGAAGACCAGCCGGACAUUAAGAAAACUUUCCAGGUCACAAAACUGGAAAAGCUACCAAUUCCAGGUACUGGCACUGGCAGAAUGUGUAAGUUACAAAAUCCUGUUCCCAUGGCAACAUUGGUACAACGUGUCAAAGAGCAUCUCGGCCUGCAACAUGUUCAGCUAGCUCUUGGAAGUCAGAAAUCACAGGACUCGGAAGUCAAGACUGUUGCCAUUUGUGCUGGUUCAGGGGCCAGUGCCCUGCGCCGGGUACCAGCCGAUGUUUACCUCACAGGGGAGAUGUCGCAUCACGACAUCCUGGCUGCUGUGGCCAGGGGAACCAGUGUGAUCCUCUGCAACCACAGCAACACCGAACGUGGAUAUCUACACGUCCUCGGGGCAAAAUUGACGGACCUGCUAAAAGGGGCCGUAAAUGUUGUUGUAUCGUCUGUCGAUGCUGAUCCGUUAAAUGUAGUUUAACGGCCAGUUAAACUAUUCAACAUUUCCACUUUAUCUUGUUGGAGUAAGAGAAAUGCAUGCCAUGAAAUAUUGCAUGCCAAAAUCUAAACAGCAGAAAUUACAGCAUAGAUGAACUUUGAUUUUAGAAAACCUUAUCUGAAAGUCCUAACUUGUUGAAUUGUGCUUCUCUUACCUUCUGACGGUUGAGAGGGGUGUAUUCUAACCUUCCCCACCCUAAUCCCGAACAGAUCUUAGACACCCAAUGCCAGAUGUUUAUUGCAUUUUAAGUUCAUGUGUUUUCCUUUCUUCCAAAGACCAAAUUUAGACUGGAGGAACCUUUUCACCAACUGUUGCUUCACAACCAAGCACAUCAUCCUUCCAAUCUGGUGCAAUCAAUUUGUUUAAAUACAGAUCUUUAAAAUGCGCCUUUGUGUCUCAGUCAACCUGUUUUUCAACUUUUGUU